UGGACAUUCGUCUCAGCUUUCAUUGAUCUUGUGGGAACCAAUUCUAAAACCAUACUGAUUUUUUUUCUUUUAAAAAUGAUUAUCACAAUCCUGCUGUCGUAUUUUUCUAUAAUGGCGUCUGCGGUACCAGCCCGUCCUAAUGUGCUUCCUUCCCUGCUUUCACAAGGAGGAGCCACCCAAGCCACAAACCAGAAGCCUGACGCUCAGACGCCGGCCCCGCUUUCCCCUGAGGUGGAGCAACCACCCCAGCAUGUGGCAGGCCCCCAGCUCCUGCCUCUCAUGCAACACUACACCUGGCCUCCACUAGGGGGCAGUCCAGUGAUCAUCCAUCCGCAGCCGAGCGUCCACGGGUCCCAGCCUCUCCCACAGCAGCCUCUGAUGUUCACUCCUCAUUGGUACUUUCCUCUUUUCUCAUCACCCCAUAGCAAUCAGCUGUUUUCCCCACAUGGAUCCCCAAUGAUUCUUGCACCACCUCGUCAACAAACUCCAGCGGAUCAGCCUCAGAGCAGUAAAGUGUUACCUGCAGAAACACCGAACGGAGCUGCUCCUUCAGCACCUCAGCCAAUUCAGCAACAACAGAACCCCCUGAUUGUGUACUUGCUGCAGCAACCUAUGAAUGUUGCUCUUGGCAGUCUGAGCUCGGAGGAACUCGAGAUGGCAGCUAAGCUGGGACAGCUGGGCGUGUACCUGCCCAGUGUGCUCACAAACCCGUCUGCAGGAGUCGCUCAGCCUGUGGAUCAGGCCGCUGGGCUUACAAACCCAGAACAGCAGGGCAUCGGGCCAACUGUGGGGACCUCGUCAGCUGGAGUCCCACAGACACAGGGGCCGGCCAGCUCUGGACCACAGCCGAACACUAAUGGGCUCCCUGUGGGUUUGGAGAAACCGACGCAGGAGACUGUCACCGUCCAAAAAACCAAACUCCAACCCACACAGGGAAACCUUGUCUGACCCUGCAGCCACAAGUGCAGAUAACUCACACUGAGACAAAACUCACCAUAGACGAACAGUCUUCUCAUUCCCAUUAUCUUUUAGCAAUUUACUAUCUGUGAACAUUUUA